UAACACAGUGCAGAGCAGAGCUGGCGGUCACAGUUGCGCCCUGGAUUGUAGCAGAGAGAGUUCAGCCCUCCUGCAGCCUGUUAGCCCACCACCAUGGAUGUCAAACUGCUGGCACUGAUGGCUCUGCUGGCCGUGGCCACACAUGUACCAACCUCCAACGCAAAGCCCAUCAGUCUGGUAGAGCGGUGCUGGUGUCGUUCCACCCUCAACACGGUUCCGCAGCGCUCCAUCAAAGAGCUCAAGUUCCUCCACACGCCCAACUGCCCCUUCCAAGUCAUUGCCAAGCUGAAGAACAACAGGGAAGUCUGCAUCAACCCAGAGACCAAGUGGCUGCAGCAGUACUUAAAGAAUGCCAUUAACAAGGUGAAGAAAUCACGAAGACGCAAUAACAAGAAAAACUAAACACACAGGAAGACAAGUAUGUCAUCAGGCCUGGUGUCCCCGGGUCGAACCUGUAUACCUCCCUGUCACUGCUAUGGAUGUAUGUAAACACGCUGUAUGUACCCGUCCACCUCUCUGGACUGCUUGCAGAACCAGCACUUCACCGCCAAACCGUGCCGUCCCCAGCACCACCACCACCGACCCCUCUGGACACCCACGCAGUCACCUCCAACUCUCCAUGGUAGCAGCAAGUGCAAUUAUACCUUGGGAUGACGGGACACAUUCUCACAUCAGAUAUAUAUGUGUGUGUGUGAGCACUGGGCACGAGAGCGAUUGUGUGUGUGUUUGAAUGUGCAACAUAUGAACUCUUUUGUGUGUCAUAUAUAGAAUUUUCUUACUUCACACAGCCAGAGAGGAACAAUUUGAGCUUUCUGUCCCACGCAAGGCUUUGUGGGUAAUGCCACCUUCAUGUCACAUCAGAAAAAAUAUUUACAUCAGCCUCCCAGGAGGAAUAAUGAUUGGGAUUUUCUUGGCUGGUCAUGUCCUGUAUAUUAAAUUGUGCAGUUUUGCAAACUGAAGAAGUGUUUAAUUUAGAAACAUCAAAGGUCAAUGCACCCAAUUCAGUUAUUUUCACAGUAAUAUCUCCACUUGUGCUGCGUUAACAUGGAGUCAGGGAGACGGUAGACGGCAAACCGCAUAUCAUUUUACAUUUUUAAAAUUAUGUGAGGCUGGCAGAGAAUACUGGCAAUGGACACAGUAGACAUAAUUUCUGUCCAAAGCUAAAAUAUUGUCUCUCUGACUCCAUGUGAAUGUAGCAUUAUGAGUUUUUUUAAAGGAGUCACUGCUCGUAUUGUUCGUAUUUCUAAUUGCAGAUUAAACAAAAUGACUCAGGAUGGAGGUGUUACAGAUUUAAAUGUAAAAGUUUUCUCUGAUAAGAAGUGAAAGUGGCAUUACUCUAUCACUGAGAGGACCUGGGGCAGUAACAGGGGCUGGCCAAUGGGGUGAACCCCUCACAAGUAGUGACCAAUCAGGGCAGACGAUAUCAGAACAGAAUCUUGAAUCGUCUUCAAGAUUCGAGCUCCACCAACAGCAACAAAACUGACGGAGGCUCACACACACUGCUAAGAAGCAAGCACUGAUGUUGUGGUGCUAUAUAUCCAGUAUAAGGGGUCAGAGCCAUUGACAUAAUUAUAUUCCACUGUUUAUGUUUAUGCAAGAUUUAAGAUGGGAUGUUGUGACCCCUGUGUGUUAUAUACAAACACUACUAUGUUUUUUUAACCAGUCACAAAAUAUUUAAAGCGCCGUUAUAAGAGUCUGAAGUGGAAAGUGAAAUGGAAAGCUGAUGUUAUGCCAAGGCCAUACUGUACUGAUAAAUACUAUAAGAAAUGAAACACUUAUCAAUGCAUCUUUUUUUUAUGUUAUUGAACAUAUCAGUUAACUGAGACCAAACAUGCAACAUGAAGAAACCUGUGAAACCUCAGAGAGCACGACUUUAUAUUCUAUUUACUGUCAGAAAAAGGGAGAAGAUCAUCAUAAUUCUUUUUUUUUUUUUUUACACCUCAUUAAGGGACUGUAGGUAAAUGUAUGUCAUGACAAGAGAGCAAUUCAACUGCAGUAUUUUCAUACCAACACCUGUCCUUGGUAGGAAUGAAAAGCUAAUAAGUUGUCACAUUAAACAUCUGAAUGAGAAAUGGAACAUGGGGAAUGUUCACGGUGGCGAAAAGAAAGUUUUUGUUAAUCCUUUUUUUAUAUAUAUAUUUGAGCCACUUUAUUAUCAGAUGUGUCUUUUAAAUGUAAUUGUUUUAUUUUUAUAUUGUGUAUAAUCUUACUAAAUGCUUCUUUUCUAAUGCAAUGUACAGUAGGCGGUAGCUACUAAAUGAAGGCUAGUCCAUAAAAUGCAGGAAACAGUGUUACGCUUCAUUUUUAAGGUUUUAUGCAAUAUUUCACAUGUAGGCCUAUGUAAUGGUGUUACUACACAGUAUGCAAUGUUAAGGACUUUUUUAAAACUAAUUUUUUACAGUGUAGAUAAAAAGAAUAGCAGCCCAACACAUUAAAUAUCGUCCUCCUGGUUUUAUGUUCUGUCCGUCCUGUUUCCAUAUCAACUGAUCCGAGAUGUAACAACAGUGAACUGAAUAAAAUCUGUGAGGUUCAGCACACAGUGAUUGAAAACAAAAGCCGCUGUCAUUGUGUUACAUGAGUCAGGAAACUAUUCAGCCCACCAGUCGUCCCCACGAACACUUGAUUUGAUUUUUUAUAGUUUUACUGAGGUUGAUGGACGAUGUGUCAAUAGCCACGGAGCCAAAACAGAACAAAACCUUUGAGUCGAGAUCCAAGCGCCCAACAUGUGCUUUUAAUCUGGACACUCCCAGCACCCCACGGGCUUUCUUUUCACUUUCACUCAACUGUUGCAUAUUUUAUUUUUCCUCUCAAAUCGUAGUGGAGGUCAUGUUGGCUGUGGUCAAAUCCAUGGUCUUUGUUUUGCUUUACAUGGUCUGUUUGCUAAGUGCCUGAUCACAGGUGAUACUCAUAUCAAUUUGCAGCUAAUGGUGCAAUAAUCAUGUAAGUGUAAUUCACUUCCCAUUAAUGUAAUAGAAGUUAAUGCACAUUCAUUUUAUAUUAUUACACUCAUUUGUUUAAACACAUGGCUAAAUAAGAUAAAAAUGCUCCAGUUUCCAUAUAUGCUGAUAUGCAGUGAUAAAAGUCUGACUUUAUUCUUUGUGUAAAUUCAUCACAAAACCACCAGCCAUGCACAUUAGUUUAUUAACUAUAGAGUUACAUCCAGAAAAAAUGUGUAACUUUUUAAUUUAUAAUGUGAUAAUUAUCUCAAUAACAGGAAAAAUAUACUGCAUUACAUGUUGUAAAACGUAACUAACCACUCACUUUCAUUACUAAUUAUGUUCAUUUGUAAUAACAGGUCUUUAGUUUUAUUAAUCAGACAUUAACUCCUUUUAUGUUUAGUGCUGUGGCCCCUGCAGUGCUAGCGCCACUCUCACUGAACCGUCACUGCAGAGAAUAAAAAACUGUGUCAGACAAAUACAAAGUGUAGACUCCUUCAUCAUGGUGCAAACAGAGCUUUUACAGAAUGUUUCUGUGUUCAUUAUUGGGACCAAAUUCACAUUCAGGUUCACAUUUAUCGCCAUUCGUGUGUCGAUAAAUCCAUCAAAGUGGGUGCAUGUGUUUUCCUUUGGUCCCCGAGACAAUGUGAAAUCUUUCUUUUGAGGCAGCUUCUGACACAUAUUCUUCAUAUACGUGAGAUGUAUUAGAGUAUUAUUAUCUGUAUUGUCACUGUUUGUAAAGCAAGAGGCCGUAUUUUAGCUACGAUACUCAAGCCCUUUUUCAAUAAAGUCAUAUGAAAUUAAA